AUGGCUAAAAAGAUUGAUAGCCUGCAAGUUGCAGCAGUGAAUACAAGCCAACCAUCAACCAAAUGGGGGCAAAAUGAAGAAAACCAAGAAGAUCAGCAGCAGGAACAACCUCAAUAUGUGCACAACCAAAGCCCCGGCCAAAAUGACGUCUAUGGUGACACCCACAAUCCAUCCUGGAAGAACCAUCCAAACAUAAGAUGGGGAGAUAACCACACUCAGAACCAGCAACCAUGGCAAAGAAACUCAAACCAAAACAACUCAAGAAACAACCAAAACUACAACCAGCAGAACAUUAACCCCAAUCCAUAUAGAAAACCCCAAAACAACCACUCAAAUUCUAGCUAUUGUCCACCCAAUAACCAAACCACUAACCAAAACACCCACCAUCAACCUUCAACACCCCACAACCAGCCACAAACAUCACAAGACACUCAAAGGAUCUCCAACUUGGAGACAUUGAUAGAAAAGAUGAUGAAGCACCAAGAGACAAUGAUGGAGAAACUCAUGAAAAAUCAAGAGAUGGCAAAACAAGAUCAGGAAGCAGCAUGGAAGGAUCAAGCCAUAACAAUCAAAAACCAAGAAGCUGCAAUCAGAAAUCUUGAGAGGCAUAUGGAACAAAUGGCUAAACAAAACACAGAGAUGGGUGAGAAGCAAUUAAAUGCAUCCCCUAGUACCACUUCAGACCAUCCAAGGGACAAAGGAAAAGCUACAAAGUGGGAGGAGUGCAAAGCAAUUAUGGUGGGAGGUGAGAAGGAAGCCAUCAAUCAGGAAGAACACAACAGAAAAGUUCCACAAGAAGAGACAGAAGAAAGAAGUGAAGAGGAGAGAAAGACCAAGAAUGCAAAAAGCUCAAAGAGAGAUAAGGACAUUCUUGAAACACAACUACAAGAGAAGAAGGAAAGGGUGAAGCCACAUAUCCCCAAACUUCCAUACCCUUGGACAGCGAUCAAAUCACAGUAUCUAGCCGACUUCAUUGCAGAGUACACUAACACCCCGGAAAUCCCUUCAAUGUGGAAUCUUUACGUGGACGGCUCUUCAAAUAAAAUCGGGAGCAGAGUAGGCGUGAUAAUAGAAAGUAAUCAGGGAACCCAAAUCGAACUCUCACUAAAGUUUGAGUUCUCUGCUUCCAAUUACCAGGCUGAGUAUGAGGCGCUAUUGGCUGGUUUGAAGCUGGCUAAAGAAGUCAGAGCCCAAAAACUUGUCAUCUUUAGUGACUCACAGGUUAUCACCUCGCAAAUAACAGGGACCUACCAAGCCAAAGAUCCUGCUAUGAAAAAGUACCUGUACAAAACCAGGGAAUAA